CACGCGAUUGUCAGUUGUCAGUAGCUGUCAGUGAGUGAGCACGUCACAACCAACUAGAUACAAGUUCAAGUUGCCUAAUCGGUGCUUCUGUACUUUCUGUAAUAUUCGUACGUUUCCUCCUUCCUCGAUCGGUUUGUUGCCGUGUCAUUGUGUAAUUGACCGUUCUUUUAAAAUAAUGCUCGCUUAAAUAAACAAUGGCACCUAAUUUAAGUAAAUAUUUAACUAAACAAAAUGCGUAUGCCUCCGCAGGAAUUGCGGCAGCAUUGUGGUAUCUUUCCUAUCUACAAAAAUCGAAAAUAAAAAAGACUGGAAGACAUGCAAGAAAGAAAGUAGACGAAGAAAUUAAGUAUAUGAUCACAGAAAAGAAGGAACCGACGACGAAGGCUCAUGUCGAUCGACAGUUCUUUUGCCAAUUGUCACAACUUUUAAAGAUCGUCAUUCCAGGAUGGACGUCAUGCGAGGCCGGUUUAUUGUUUCUUGUUGCCGGCAGUCUCAUAUGCAGGUCUCUCUGCGAUUUAUGGAUGAUCAGUCAUAGCACGAAGAUUGAAAGUUCAAUCAUUGCAAUGGACAGGAAUCUCUUCAAACGGCGAUUACUACAAUUUUUAACUGCAAUGCCCAUUAUAUCGAUAGUAAAUAACGUGUUAAAAUAUUCUAUAGGAGAUUUGAAAAUACGAUUACGAACGAACAUGACCCGUCACCUAUAUGACGAUUAUCUUAAGAAGUUUACUUACUACCGAAUGACAAAUUUGGAUAACAGAAUAGCGAACGCCGAUCAGCUACUAACGACCGACAUCGAUAAAUUCUGCGAGUCUGCGGCCGAACUCUAUUGUAACGUGGCGAAACCGUGUCUCGACAUUGGGAUCUACGUUUACAGAUUAACCAAAAGUAUCGGGUCUAGUACGCCUGCGAUUAUGUUGGGAUACCUAUUUGUGUCUGGCGUUUUACUGACAUACUUACGAAGACCGACAGGUCGACUGACCGUGACCGAACAAAAAUUGGAAGGCGAAUUUCGGCACAUCAACGCGAGGAUUAUAACGCAUUCGGAGGAGAUUGCGUUUUAUCAAGGGAACAUCAGGGAGAAGGCAACCCUUAUCUCCAGUUUUAAUAAGUUAGUCAAUCACUUGCGGAAAUUCCUAAGGUUUCGUGUUCUGAUGGGAAUUACUGAUAAUAUUAUCGCCAAGUACAUCGCUACCGCAGUCGGGUUUUGGGCAGUUUCAAAACCGUUCAUGGCCCGCGUCGACGGUAUAGGUAACGCGACACAUGGCGAAAGGUCACGUUUAUACUAUACAUAUGGACGCAUGCUUCUAAAGCUGGCAGAGGCAAUUGGCCGUUUGGUUUUAGCCGGCCGCGAGUUGACCAGGCUGGCUGGGUUCACGGCACGUGUCACCCAACUGCGACACGUUCUGUCUGAAUUAAAUGACGGUAAAUACCAACGAACUAUGCUAGCGGGUGCGGAAAAUUUAAGCGUGAACGGUGGCAGAUUAAUAUUCAGGGAUAAAAUAAUUAAGUUUGAUAAGGUUCCUGUUGUAACUCCCAACGGCGAUGUGCUAAUAAAGGAAUUAUCGGUCGAGAUACAUUCUGGGAUGAAUGUACUUGUAUGUGGGCCAAAUGGGGCUGGUAAAAGUUCCCUGUUUCGCAUUUUGGGCGAACUGUGGCCCCUCUUCGGCGGCGAACUUGUAAAACCGCCUCGCGGGAAACUGUUUUAUAUACCUCAAAAACCGUACAUGACUCUCGGUUGUUUACGUGAUCAAAUUACGUAUCCUCAUUCGGGAGCCGAGGCAAUUCGGCGCGGCUCUACUGACGCGAACUUGGAGCAGCAUUUGCGCAGGGUACAGUUGGAGUAUCUGUUGGAGAGGGAGGGCGGAUUGGACGCGGUCGCUGAUUGGUUGGAUGUUUUAAGUGGGGGUGAAAAGCAGAGAAUUGCUAUGGCAAGACUCUUCUAUCAUGCACCUCAAUUCGCGAUUUUAGACGAAUGUACCAGCGCAGUUUCUGUAGAUGUGGAGGGGAGCAUGUAUAGGUACUGCCGAGACGUUGGGAUCACAUUGCUGACAGUUUCUCACAGAAAGUCCCUCUGGCAACAUCACGAAUACGUCUUGUACCUUGAUGGGCGUGGAGGGUAUAGCUUUCAACCAAUAGAAGAUGGCGCUGAACAGUUCGGCUCAUAAGUAUUAAAUCCUAUAUUUAAAUACCUUGCCUUCCCUUUGGGUAUCUUAUUUUUGUACGAAUGUAGUUAUAAAUUCAAAAUUUGUAGCUUAAUUGAUACCAAUGAUUGUUAAAUGUAUUUAAUAUAUAAUAUAUUUCUUAAUUUCUGAAACUGCCAUUUCUAAUCAUAAAAGUGUAUCGUAUCACUAUCAACGAUUUCUGAGAAACAAAGUGCCCUUUUGAUUUAGAAGAUCAAUUAUUUUGAAACCAAAACGGCAUAAAUUAUUAUAUAGGAUACAUAAUCAUUAUUUGAUUGUUACAAUUUAUCUGAUUCAUUUAGUUUUGAUCGCCCAUCAACAUAGUAUAAACAUCAAUGGGUACAGGGUAAGAGUAGGUAACUAUUUCGCAACGCUCUUGUUCCAUUCAUCAUUUUCCUUUGAUUGGUAAUGGAUUGCUUACUAUUUUAAGAUCAAUGUCAAUUCGAAUUUAUUUCUGCGACCGCAAACACAAUAAACUAAAUUGCAUUACAAAGCUACCUUCUUUUUUUUCUUAGUUAUCAUACCGCCAACUGGCAAAACCAGAAACUAAGACAAGUUUUUGUCCAUUAAAGAAACUGUUUCGUGCAAUUUGUAAUGGAAAGGGAUCUCGUAUGACGUGAGUGAUAUUAUUUUUUAGUAUUGCUAAGGGCUCGUGCUUAAAAUGUGUAACUGAAACGUUAGGGAAUGUGUACAUUAUGUUAGAAAUAAAUUUGUGGCCAAUGUGCUCGAUUCAAUAUUAAAUUGUUAAUUUAUUGGCGGAUGUAUAGUUGGUAAGGCACGUUUGGAUUUGGGUAUGUUAAAUAAACAUUUUUGGUCAGAAA